GACCCCGGCCGGGUGACCCGCAGAGAUGCUACACUCUGGGAUGGAACACUGACAACAACUGUAUCGGAGACGCAGGGGAGAAAGUUAAUAAAGACUGAGUGCUUUAGGCUAGUUGAUGGAUAGAACGUUUUACUCCCUGUAGAAAGGUGAGAUAGUAGUAACCUAUAGACUACGCCUGCUCAACAGCCAACAAGAACACACAGGAGGUCCUUAGGAGCGUUAUUUCAAACAGCAGGAGACCAUGAUGGCCAAGUUGUACGGGAGGCCCAGCGAGGGGGCGGAUCUAGUCAGUUCUCUGGAGUGGAUGGAUGAUGACGUGAGCUCCCCAGACGGAGACGAGCCAAUCACAGCAAACCGCUACAGACCGGGUGGAAUGGGCCACCUGGGCAGGGAGCUGGGCAGUGAGGACAUGGAGGAGGAUGAAGAGGAAGGGGAAGAGGAGGACCAUGGAGACGGGAAUGCUCCCAAACGCAGAGGGCCCAAGAGGAAGAGGAUGACCAAGGCCCGGCAGGAGCGCUUCAAGGCACGGCGUGUGAAGGCUAACGCCCGGGAGCGCUCAAGGAUGCAUGGGCUGAACGACGCUCUGGAAAACCUGCGCAGCAUCAUGCCCUGCCACUCUAAGACCCAGAAACUGUCUAAGAUCGAGACCCUGCGGCUGGCCCGCAACUACAUAUGUGCCCUGUCUGAAGCCCUGGAGGGGGACCAGUCCACGGAGAGCAGGGCCUUUAUGGAAACCCUGUGUAAAGGCCUCUCCCAGCCUACCAGCAACCUGCUGGCUGGCUGUCUGCAGCUGGGGCCUGGGGGGCAUAUCGAGGAGAGGCCUGAAGACAGGCAAGGGGGGAGAGGAGGACCCACAAUCCUGGGAGGGGUGGGGAUGGCCGUUGGACCAAUCAGCUACUCCUCCCCCGGCCUGCCCAGCCCGCCUUACGGCACACUGGACUCCGCCCACCUACUCCACCUGAGAGGGAUGAAGGGAGGGGCUUACGAGAGCCACUCCCCUAACGACUGUAACAGUGGGGUAGGCACCCCUCCCUACGAUGGCCCCCCCACGCCCCCGCUCAGCAUUGGCAGUAACCUAGUGCUCAAGCAGGAGUCCUCGCCCCACUAUCUUCCCCCUCACCACUACCCCCCCUCCUCCAUCAGCCUGACAGGCCCCCAGGGACAGGUCUUGUACCAGAGCGCCCGCUACCAGGUGCCCCUGGAGAUGCCCUAUGAUUCAUACCGCCCUCCUCACAUGGCACCCCCACAGAUGGGCACCGUCUAUGGGGAUUAAGGCGUAGAGAGGACAGAUGGGGCAGAUGAGACUCCCCAAUAACACACUUCCCCCAACUGGCUCCAUCUUGACCAAUGACUGAGAUGUUGGGAGAAAUCUGACUUUGAUAUGAGAGACCCAUCUUAGUACUAAACACUGUGAAACCAGCCCAUCGUUGUGAACAACUGGGUAGUUACUUAGUAAAAAGUAGAAAGUGGAUUGUUGUUUACAUUUGUGUACUGUAAAGGUUAGUGCUCAACACUGUCAAAAUCAGCUCAUGAUUGACAUUAAACCGCUUGUUUGCUGUGGUUGUUUCUGAACACCAAUUAAGCUAAAAGGCACCUCACUACUUGACCAUUUCCAAGGGAUUCACAAGAGGAGUGGGUCCUAUAGGUGGAAAGGCUGACUUGAAGAAAGACCUCAGCUUGAGCACUUCUGACCAGCACUCGGAACAUGAAACACAUCAUUCACAUGCAUUUAUUUAUUCUCUAAUGUAAUAUUUAUAUGAACUGCUGUUAGUCAUUUUGUGUCUAUCCUUUAUAUAUGUGUUUGGUCUUGGCCUUCUGUCUCUGUUACAUUGUUGACGGACUCUGAUAGUGUAUCUGUUUUUUCUCUGUCCAUUUCUCCUUUGUGUUCAGUUAUUCCCUGUUACACACGGAAAAAUAUUCUCAUAUAUAUUGCUAGUAUAGCUGAGGACCAGAGAGAAAACUGCCCAUGAGGAAGUGAGAAAUGUCUGCUGUUGUAAUGACAAGAACAAAUAUCAAUUACAAAAUCUGAUCACGGUGUAACUUAUUGGAGAUAUCAUUCUGUUCAGACACUUUCUCCAUUGCCAAAUAUAAAAAAAACGCAAAAAUGUUCCUCAAGAUGAUUACCUUUGGAUUGAAUUUUUGAACAAAAACGUUAUCCAUUAAA